CUGCUGUCCACUAAAAUGGGCCUGAAAGUCACAUGGGACCCACCCAAAGAUGCUACCAGUAGACCCGUGGAGCAUUACAACAUUGCCUAUGGGAAGUCACUGAAAAGCCUUAAAUACAUCAAGGUGAAUGCCGAGACGCACUCCUUCCUUAUUGAGGAUGUGGAACCGGGUGUAGUGUACUUUGUGCUGGUUACUGCAGAAAACCACAAUGGAGUGAGCCGUCCAGUUUACAGAGCUGAGAGCCUGCCUGGAGGUGAAUGGAUCAAGAUUGAUGGUUUUCCCAUUAAGGGUCCAGGACCAUUUAAUGAAACCGUCACAGAAAAGGAAGUGCCAAACAAGCCCUUGCGUGUGCGUGUCCGAUCCUCAGACGACCGGCUCUCCGUGGCGUGGAAGGCACCCCGCCUGUCGGGAGCCAAGAGUCCACGCCGGUCCCGGGGCUUUCUUCUGGGCUACGGGGAAAGUGGCCGGAAAAUGAAUUAUGUUCCGCUGACCAGAGAUGAGCGAACACACGAAAUUAAAAAGCUGGCCUCGGAGUCGGUGUAUGUGGUCUCCCUGCAGUCCAUGAACUCACAGGGGCAGAGUCAGCCUGUCUACAGGGCUGCCCUAACGAAACGGAAGAUUUCAGAAGAGGACGAACUAGACGUGCCUGAAGACAUCAAUGUCCGGGUCAUGUCAUCCCAAUCUGUGCUUGUGGCCUGGGUGGAUCCUGUUGUGGAGAAACAGAAGAAAGUUGUUGCAUCAAGACAGUACACUGUGCGCUACCGGGAAAAGGGGGAGUCAGCAAGGUGGGACCACAAGCAGACCUCCAAUAGACGCGUGUUGGUCGAGAACCUGAUUCCAGACACCAUGUAUGAAUUUGCAGUCCGUAUUUCACAGGGUGAAAGAGAUGGCAAAUGGAGUACAUCUGUCUUCCAGAGAACACCAGAAUCUGCUCCUACAACAGCUCCUGAAAACUUGAACGUCUGGCCAGUCAAUGGCAAAUCUACAGUUGUGACUGUAGCUUGGGAUGCACUGCCCGAGACCGAGGGGAAAGUAAAAGAAUACAUUCUUUCAUACGCACCGGCUCUCAAACCGUUUGGAGCAAAGUCCCUCACCUAUUCCGGAGACACUACUUCUGCCCUAGUGGACGGUCUGCAGCCUGGGGAACGCUAUCUUUUCAAAAUCCGGGCGGCAAACAGGAGAGGACAGGGGCCUCACUCCAAAGCCUUCAUUGUCGCUAUGCCAACAACUGCUUCUGGUGAGUCCGAUGUGCAGCAGAAAACCCACGCAGAGGAUGGCUGGAAACCUGAAAAGCCGGAGUCGUCUCCCAGAGCUCCCACUUCCUCAAAACACACUCACUUGCCUGUCUCUCCCCGAGGCAGAAAUGUCAAGAACCCUCUUCUUGACUUGAAGAACAAAAUACUGGCUAACGGCGGGGUGCACAGGAAACCCCAGGUUCCCUCCAAGGAGACUGAAGAGCUGGGUCUUCAGUCAACAGAAAUCGAGGACGAGGAGGAGCUGGAUUCCCGGGGACACCCACCAACCUCGCCCUCGGAGACCCAAGACCCCAAGGCACAGCAGAGGCCGCCGAGUAGAUCUGUCCCCCCAGUCCUUGCUCCUGGAAGGACUCCAGCCAGAGUACACACACUAGCGAUGCCCAGAAAGGAAGGUGUAGACAGGAGUGCCUCCUCUCUGGCUCCCUACCCUCGUCCAGGGGCGUCCCCUUCAGCGCCAGCCUCGUCUGCACCCCACAAACCCCCUGAGGGCAGCCCUCGGCGCCCUUCAGGGGGGCCCUCCACCAACCUGCUCUCCAGGGCUGACAAUGACUCGGUGGGCCAAGAGGAAGAAGAGCCAGCUGCAGGCUCCCGGGCCCCCAAGGACACCUCCUCCCAGCGGCUGCCUCUCAAGAGCCCCGCCCACACUCGGCCAGCCACGUGGCCCAGCCGCCAGGCCACUUCCAGUGCCCUGCGGGACAGGAGCCCUGCGCACCACGGCACAAAGCCAGCCUCGCCCGCUCGGAGGGCACCCCAUUUGGGGGAUAGGGAAGAAAGUUCAGAUGCUUCAGUCGCAUCUCGGGUUUUGCCCCCCCAACCGCAGCCCGGGGCUGCACUGUCCAGGGGCUGGAAGGACGGUCACGACGCUCCAGCCACCAAAUCCAGUGCGCCAUCACAGUCCAAGUCUUCCUCGUCUUCUGGUGUCUCCCCAAGGACACAGGCCUCUGAAGGAGACGAUGCCUCUGAUGGUGAUGGGGACAAUGAUACAGAAGAUACAGGCAGGCAGGCUGAGGCCACGGCCCCGACGUCUCGGGCCCGGCUGCCAGCGGGUCCGCCUGUCUCUGGACAUUUCGGUUUGUUCAGAAACAAGCCCUUUGCUGCCCACACAAGACAUCCAAGCCGGUUUGGCAGCGGCCGAGGACCCCGGCUGCAUCCCUCCAGCUCCCUGCCGUCCACCGUGUCCCCCAGAGUCCACUCAAGGGUGAAUUCUCAGUCAGCUGGGUCCAGUAUCCACGGAGACAGUGCGGAGAGUGAAGCAGAGGACGAGACGCCGCUUCCUGCCUCCGUGGUAAACGACCACGGGUCCUCCUCCUCCAGGCAGCCUUCCUCCCUGGGUGUGGAUCACCUAAGAAGAGGCCCGCAGAGAGGGCCGAGCCUUCAGCGGAAGGAGCCCCUAGAAGAGAACCCCAAAUCCGCGGGCACUGUGGCAGGUGCCAAUCCUCAGGGCAAAUCCCUGCCCCUCAAGGCGCACGAUGUUCAACAGAGCACGGAAGUGGGUGUGGAGCGCGGCCACCCCAAAGCGCAACUGGCCCCAGCUCGGCGGCCCGCGACGCGGUCACAGCAGCACCCCGGGGCCAGCGCGCCUUCCUCCGAGGUCUCCCUGUCGCAGCCACAGCCCCGUGGCCCCCAGAGCAAGGAAAUGGGGCGUCUGCCGUCCAGUCCCCAGCCCGAGCGGCCCCACCCCAAGGCGCAGGAAAGCGCCUCUUUCUCCGACCCCUACACGGCCAGAGGCGGUCAGUCCCCCCACACGGCGAGCUCCCGAGGGGUGCUCCACACGUCUCCCCACAAUCGCGACGAGGAUUCCGAGGGCAGGUCUGGCGGGACCCACCACGACGGCGCAGAAGCAGCGGCCCGGGCCCGGGAGGCCGCCCCGUCCCUCCCCAAGCACCGCCAGCUGGAGGCUCAGGCGGGAGGCGCGGGCGACAGUCACCUCCGCAGACCCCCAGGCUCCCCGCCGAGGCCCGGCAGCCCGCGCCCACAUCCCCUCGCCCGCCCCAGGGGCCCGGGCCGGCUGGGGCCCCAGGCUGCGGGGAAGAAGGACCGCGCCUCCCCGGCCACGCCGUCCAAACGGGAGCCCCUGCCAUCUAAGUCUCAGCAGUCGGUCUCGGCAGAGGAGGAGGACGAAGACGCGAUGUUUUUUAAGGGAGGAAAGGACGAAGACCUGUCUUCCUCUGUUCUAAAGUGGCCCUCCUCCUCCAGCCCCGGGGGCGACAAGUACGCGCGUGGGAACAGCGCUAAGGACAAGACGGAGCCCGUCGUGGUGCCCGCGCCUCCCAGGGCGAGCUCCCCCCAGGACGAGAACGACACUCCGGUGAAGCGUCCGCCCCCUCCAGGCAGCCCCCCGAGAGCCCCACACCUCGCGCCCAGACCCCCGCCCCGCAGCCCGGCCACCGCGGGCCCCGCCGCCCGAGCGCGGUACACGACGCGCGCCCCUGCGGCCUUCUCUUCCACCACCCCCAUGCUGUCCUUGCGCCAGCGAAUGAUGAACUCGAGGUUCCGGAACCCGCUGUCACGCCAGCCUGGGAGAUCCCCCACCAGACCAGGUUCUAAUGGCAGACCAAAUGUAGAAGGGAAAGUACUUCCUGGUAGCAAUGGAAAACCAAGUGGACAAAGGAUUAUCAAUGGCCCUCAAGGAACAAAGUGGGUUGUGGAUCUCGAUCGUGGGUUAGUAUUAAACGCAGAAGGAAGGUACCUUCAAGAUUCACAAGGAAAUCCUCUUCGGAUUAAACUGGGAGGAGAUGGUCGCACCAUUGUGGAUCUGGGAGGGACGCCUGUGGUGAGCCCCGAUGGCCUGCCCCUCUUUGGGCAGGGGCGGCAUGGCAAACCCCUGGCCAGUGCCCAGGACAAGCCCAUUCUGAGUCUUGGAGGGAAGCCCCUGGUGGGCUUAGAGGUUGUGAAAACAACCACCCAUGCCCCCACCACCACCACACGGCCCACCACGACAACCCCAAGACCCACGACCACUACCACCCGCCGCACGACCCCCACCACACGGCCAACGACCACGACGCAGACAACCACCACCACUACCACCACCCCUGAACCCACCACCCUGGUUCCCACCUGUCCCCCUGGGACCCUGGAACGGCAUGAUGAAGAUGGCAACCUCAUAAUGGGCUCCAGCGGGGUCCCAGAGUGCUACCCUGAGGAAGAUGAUUUCUCAGGAUUGGAGACAGACACAGCGAUGCCCACGGAAGAGGCGUAUGUUAUCUAUGACGAAGAUUAUGAAUUCGAGACCUCGAUGCCACCGGCCACCACCAGGCCGGCCACCACCAGGCCUCCCACCACUGCCGCGGCCCCUGAGGUCAUCCCGCCAGAAGGCUCCAUUAGCUCCUUCCCUGGAGAAGAGUUUGAUCUGGCUGGAAAGAAACGAUUUGUUGCUCCUUAUGUGACAUACCUAAGUAAAGACCCAUCAGCCCCAUGCUCUCUGACCGAUGCUCUGGAUCACUUUCAAGUGGACAGCCUGGAUGAAAUCAUUCCAAAUGACAUGCGGAAGAGCGAUCUGCCUCCUCAGCAUGCCCCCCGCAACAUCACUGUGGUUGCUAUGGAAGGCUGCCACUCAUUUGUCAUUGUGGACUGGGAUAAAGCCACCCCAGGAGAUGUGAUAACAGGUUACUUGGUUUACAGUGCAUCCUAUGAAGACUUCAUUAGGAACAAGUGGUCUACUCAAGCUUCCUCUGUAACUCAUUUGCCCAUUGAGAACCUGAAGCCAAACACAAGGUAUUAUUUUAAAGUUCAAGCCAAAAAUCCACACGGCUAUGGACCCAUCAGCCCUUCGGUCUCAUUUGUUACAGAAUCAGACAAUCCUCUGCUUGUUGUGAGACCACCAGGUGGUGAGCCCAUCUGGAUCCCAUUUGCUUUCAAACAUGACCCCAGCUACACGGACUGCCAUGGCCGGCAGUAUGUGAAGCGGACAUGGUAUAGAAAAUUUGUGGGAGUUGUUCUUUGUAAUUCACUGAGGUAUAAGAUCUACCUCAGUGACAACCUGAGAGAUACAUUCUACAACAUUGGGGACAGCUGGGGAAGAGGUGAAGACCACUGCCAGUUUGUGGAUUCACACCUUGAUGGAAGAACAGGGCCUCAGUCCUACGUAGAAGCUCUCCCCACCAUUCAAGGCUACUUUCGCCAGUAUCGCCAGGAGCCGGUCAGCUUUGGCAACAUUGGUUUCGGAACCCCCUACUACUAUGUGGGCUGGUAUGAGUGUGGGGUCUCCAUUCCAGGGAAGUGGUAACCACGGAAGAUGGUGCUGAAAACUUGCCCCGUCCGCCCCCCAGACUAACUUGCACUAGGGGCUGAAAGCAGGAACAGACACAUGUUCCGAGCCCCACCGACCCUGGGUGCCAGCAAGGCCACAUGGUGGACACUGGACAUUUCAGGCAUCUUCAGUCUGGAACUCAGUCCUACUCUUUGGCCUGGACUACACACCAUUCAAUGUCGCUGUUAACUUUGCUUCUCCACGUGUUUCCCUUGUAAUAGCAUGUCCCAGAGAUGACGGCUACAGUGGAUGCCCGCUGAUUGAGCGCAGUUUUCACACUUUUUAGGCCCAAAAUUCAGACACGUCAUUGUCUCCAGGGAAGAGCUUAAGUAAAUAUGUGCUUGCUUCAGGGACUGCUACAUGCUUUCUUUUCUCUCAUUGGACUCUUCCAAAGUUAGCCAAAUUUAAGUUUCGGAUUGCUCUCUACACAGUAGAACUGAAUUACUAAAAACACCAUCAAAAGAAAUGUAUCCUACUUCAGAUUUAUUCCGUGGACUUACCCACCACUGGAUCAAAUGUACCAAAUCAUAUUUGUAAAUUCUCAAUUUUGAUAUAUAUAUGUAUAUAUGCAUAUACCUAUCCUCACUUGUCUGCAAGAACACUGAUUAAAGUUGCUAAAUUUGUACUUGUUCACUA